AUGACAGAUGACAAUUCCCAAGUUAAGAUCAAAUUCUUUACCCGUGAAGUGGACGAAACUUUACAUGUCCAAGACACACCAAUGUAUGUUCCAAUUUCGUUGAAAAGAUACGGUCUUUCCGAAAUUGUCAACCAUCUUUUAAAAUUGGAAACUGUGGUUCCAUUUGAUUUUUUAAUCGAUGGUGAACUAUUACGUGUUUCAUUAGAAGAAUAUUUGACCAAAAAAGGGCUUUCUAGUGAAAAUUCUUUGAAUAUCGAAUAUACAAGAGCUGUCUUACCUCCUUCAUUUUUAAACAGUUUUAAUAAUGAAGAUUGGAUUAGUUCCUUAGAUGUCGGUGAUGAUAAAUCCAUCAUUUCCGGGUCCUAUGAUGGGGUAGUAAGAACUUGGAAUAUGUCAGGGAAAGUUCAAAAACAAUAUAGUGGCCAUUCAGGUCCAAUCCGUUCUGUUAAAUAUAUUUCAAAUACAAGAUUAGCUUCUGCUGGUAAUGAUAGAACUUUACGUCUUUGGAAGACCAAGAGUGAUGACUCUAAGCAAAUUCCAUUAGAUAUUGAUGUUAAUGAUGAUAAUGAAUUGAUUGAAGAUGGGAAAACCUUGGCCAUCUUGGAAGGUCAUAAGGCUCCUGUAGUGUCUAUUGAUGUUUCUAUACAAACUUCCAAAAUUUUAUCAGCUUCGUACGAUAAUUCUAUUGGUCUAUGGUCCACCAAUUAUAAAGAUAUGACUAUCGUUGAUCCAAUGGAAGAUUUGAACAAUUCAAGUAAUAAAAUCUCUACAGCCGCUAGAAAGAGAAGAAAGAUGACUUUAAAAGAUGGUUCAGUGAGAAGACGUGCACCUCUAUCUCUUUUGGAAUCGCAUUCUGCCCCAGUAGAACAAGUAAUUUUUGAUUCACAAGAUCAAACCGUAGGUUACUCAGUGUCACAAGAUCACGCCAUUAAGACUUGGGAUUUAAUCACUUCUCGUUGUGUCGAUACAAAAUCAACUUCAUAUUCAUUAUUAUCAAUUGCUCAAUUACCAAAAUUGAAUCUAUUGGCCUGUGGUUCUAGUGCAAGACAUAUCACUUUACAUGAUCCUCGUGUAAAUUCUUCUUCCAAAAUUACUCAACAACAAUUGAUCGGUCAUAAAAAUUUCGUUGUAUCUCUUGAUACAUGCCCUGAAAAUGAUUAUAUGUUAUGUUCUGGUUCCCAUGACGGUACCGUUAAAGUAUGGGACGUUAGAUCUACUACUCCAAUGUACACUAUUACCAGAGAAGAUAAAUCCGUUCAAAAAGGUGUUAAUGACAAAGUUUUUGCAGUCAAUUGGUCUGAAACAGCUGGUAUAAUUAGUGGUGGUCAAGAUAAGAAAAUUCAAUUUAAUAAAGGUGAUAAUAUCUUUAAGAAUUAA